AUGAGUAAUGUUAAUUAUGAGAAGUUUGGCGAAUUAAUCCUCCCAAGAUGUUUAGAUGGUUUAAAUAAAGAACAACAAAAAGCAGUUAGAUCUCCUGCUCAUUCAAGAUUACAAAUUAUUGCAGGUCCAGGUACUGGUAAAACAAAAGUUUUAAUCUCACGAGUUGCUUGGUUAGUCAUUGCUGAAGAUAUACCAAUUCAUAAUAUUGUAGUUACAACAUUUACAAAAAAAGCAGCAAAAGAAAUUAUUGAUCGAUUAACUAAAAUGUUUGAAGGUACAUGUACUGAUGUUAAAGAUUUAUUAAUUGGCACUUUCCAUUCUAUAUGUUUUAGAAUUAUUAAAAGAUAUGGUUCAAAAAUGGGUAAUGGUAUUGAAAAAUUUACAAUUGCAGAUGAAAGAGAUAAAACUCAUUAUAUGGAACAAAUAUUUGAUGAAUUAACAAGUGAAGAAAAAUCAAGAUUAAUUAAUUCUACAGAUGCUGGUCAUUUAAAGAAUUAUAAAGAUAAAUAUUUAGGUUUUGAUAUUGAUAAAAUUAAAAAAAAGAUAUCUAGUUUGAAAUCAAAAGGAAUCUUACCUGAAACUUAUUCAAAUCAAAAUGAAGUAAAUGCAACAUCAUCAUUAUUAUUAUUAUAUAAAAAGUAUCAACAAAUUUUAAAUACUGCUCAAAAAUUAGAUUUUGAUGAUUGUUUAUUAACUUGUUAUGAAUUAAUCACUAAACAUCAUGUUCUUGGAUAUAUUAAACAUGUUUUAGUUGAUGAAUUUCAAGAUACUAAUGAAGUUCAAUUGCAAUUAAUGUAUCAAUUUGCAAAAGGAAAUCCUAAAUAUGGUCAUACUCAAAAUAAUGUAACUAUAGUAGGUGAUCCCGAUCAAUCAAUCUAUGCAUUUAGAGAUGCACAAUGUGGAAAUUUUGAAUCAAUGAUUCAACAUUAUAAAAAAAUGGAAUUAGAAGUUAUUAGAAUUUCAUUAAAUGAAAAUUAUAGAUCAACACAAGACAUAUUACAAUUUUCUGAAUCUGUAAUGAGACAACAAAGGAAAAGAAUAAUUAAAGAAUUAAAUUCUCAAUUUAAUGAUUCUUUUAAACCAGUUUAUAAAAAUUUGAAAAGUUCAGAAGAAGAAGCACAAUGGAUAUGUUAUCAAAUUGAACAUUUAUUAAAUUUACCAAAUCAAUUAUUUAAAUUUUCUGAUAUUUCAAUUUUAGUUAGAUGCCAAUUUCAAACAAGAGUAAUAGAAGCUGAAUUUAUGAAAAAAAAGAUACCUUAUGUUAUGAUUAGAGGAAAAGCAUUUUGGGAAAGAAAAGAAGUAUGUGCUAUAUUAGAUUACUUGAGGUUGUGUAGUGAUGAAUAUGAUAUUUUACCAGUUUUAAGAACUUUAAAUUAUCCAAAAAGAGGUAUUGGUAAAUCUACAUUAGAUCCAAUUGAAAAAUCAUUAAAAAAGAAACCAAGUAAUGUAAAAGUUACCGAUUUUUUAAAGAAAUUAGUUUAUGAACAUAAAUUAAGUAAGAAGGUUAAGAAUAAUAUAUUAGAAUAUGUUAAAAUGAUUGAAAAAGUUCAAGCUGAUUUAAAAAAAUUAGAUAAGACCAAAAUUAAUAGGGAUCAAUUGGCUAAUAUUUUUGAUUAUAUUUAUGAAACAUCAAGAUUAAAAACAGAAUUAAAAGAUGAAGAAAAACAAUUAAAUGUAGAAGAAGUUAAAAAUCAAUUACUUGAAUUUCAACCAAUAGAAGAAACAAUGGGAUCAGAUAAAAUUGAAAAAGAGGAUGAAGAAAAGGAAGAAGAAGAAGUUGUCAAAAUUGAUGAAAAUAUUUUAUUACAAUUUAUUCAUUCUUUUGCUUUAUAUGAUAUAAUUUCAGAAGAAUUGAAAACUCAACAAGAUAUAGAAUCUCAUGGUGUUGCAUUAUCUACAAUUCAUGGUUCAAAAGGUUUAGAAUGGCCGAUUGUUUUCGUACCUGGUUUAUCUGAAGGCUUACUUCCCGCAUCAUUUGCAAUGAAAUCAAUUGAAAGUUUAGAAAAAGAUGUAGACGAAGAAAGAAGAUGUUUUUAUGUAGCAACUACCAGAUCUAAGUUAUUAUUAUACAUUUCAAGUUAUAUUCAAAAUACUGAAUCAUAUUCAUAUAGAAGACAAAUUAGUCAAGUUUCAAGAUUCAUUGAUGGAUUUGAAAAAAAUGGAGUAUUUGCAGAUCAUCAAUUAUUAUUUUCAGAUAUUGAAAAAUUGAAAACUUUAUAUAAAAUGUUAGAUAAAGAAUUAGAUGAAGAUUUCAAAUUACAAAGAUUCUAUGAUCAAUAUAAAAGUUUUUGGAUUAGAUAUAAUAAUAAUGAAAAAAUAAGAUUUAAAUUCGAUAAUGAUGGAUUUUCAAGUGCUGGUUCACUUGUUAAUUCAUUUUCAACUGCAAAAAGAAAAUUAGAACAUUUAAAAGAACCUGAUACUUUUAAAAAAGCAGCAAAAAUUAAAACUAAUAAAGCUCCUCCUUAUAUUCCAAAUAGAGCUCCCCCUUCUAUCCCAAAUAGAGCUCCUCUUUAUAUCCCAAAUAGAAAAGUUAACUAA